AUGGGAUGCCUUAUGGAUGAUACAUCCGGCAUUGUAGACGAAGUGUCUAAUCCAGAACGCAAGCAGGGCCUCUGUUCUGAGAGCUUCGGCAGAUUGAGCACACUCGAGAUCAUUGAAUGUUUGAAUCCUUGGUUUACGAGCAGGAUAAUCUAACCAAGACCACCUGUUGGGUGUUCCAAUUGCUGAUUUUCGAAGCUUUUUGUAGAGGUGAUGGGGCUUCCAAGCUCCGCGAGCCUUGGGCAUUGCGCACAUGCUGUGUUGGGGACAGUUCCAGUAUUAACUGGUCGGGGUCGACGUAGUUUCUGCCCGCCAUUGUGCUCCAUUGGGGGAUCGAACCGUAACCCUAACGUCAUAAAGGUCGUUGUGAAUGGAGCUGGCUCAGAGUUGGGCAAGGCAGCUGUUGCUGCAAUUCACAAAGCGCGAGGUAUGGAGGUAGCCGGCGCCUUGGACUCCAAAUAUCAAGGCCAAGACGCGGGUGAGGUGGCAGGACUUGCAGAAUCGUUGGAGAUACCUAUCUUGAAUGACAUUGUCAUGGUUUUAGGAUCCCUCUCUCAGGGCACAUCUAUGGGAGUAUUUGUGGACCUUGACGACCCUGCUGCAGUUUACGAAAAUGUCCGUCAGGCAACAGCGUUUGGCUUGAAAAGCGUUGUGGGAGUGCCAGGCUUAGGAAUGGAUAAAGUUGGGGCGCUUUCUUCGUUCUGUGAGAAGGCCAGCACGGGGUGUAUUGUGGCCCCUUCUUUGUCGAUUGGCGCGGUGCUGCUCCAACAAGCUGCAGCGUCCGCAGCUUUUCAGUACAAACAUGUUGAGAUCAUUGAAUCACAAGAAGGUUUAUCAGAAUACCCCUCGCAACAAGCGACUCAGCUUGCCAGCAGCCUCUCAGGCCUCGGACAGAUGUACAAUGAGGGCGACGACUCAAAGGAAUUUCUGGCUAGGGGAGACAUUGUCGGAGAUGGAGUGCGUAUACACAGCAUGGCCUUGCCAGGGCUCAUAUCUAGCGUUGACGUUCGGUUUGCGGGUCCUGGAGAGACGCUAUCUUUUCGGCACGAUGUGACAGACGUGAAGGCAUUGAUGCCUGGGUUAAUUAUGGCAAUUCGGAGGGUAGUGCGGCUGAAGUCUCUCGUCUAUGGACUGGAGAAAAUUUUGUAGUUGUUCGACAAGAAUGCGCAAGCUUGUGAUUCCAUCCAAGAACUGGAAGGACUACGGAAUCCAAUUGCCUUUACACAUUUACCAGUAAGAGGUGGUAAUGUUAUUUUAGUGAAGCACCAGUGUGCACUCUGUUUUAUGUAAUUUAAAGUUGAGCAGUUCAUAUGUAAUUGCUUUUCAUUCUUGAUACUCAAAUCCGUAGGAUCGAAACUCUCUGUAAUGCUAGUCGUUCACUUCAUUGCGUCCACCGGCAAUGUGUGACGGGUACUUAUCACCCAAUCUGUAAGCAUUUAAAAUCAUCUGUACAAUAUCAUGUCAUAAGGCAUGAGUCGCUUUAGGACAGGGAAAAUGUUGACCUCAGGGAAAAAAUGUGAUGCAAUACCCAGUCACCACAUUUCUGAUGUUGCAAGUAAUCUUCCCAUUUCAAUUUGCUCUCGAUGAGCCCUGCUUUUAUAUAAUUCAAAUGUGAGGCGUGGCAUUCAAUUCUUA